UUUGACAUAAUGUCAUGGAUAUUUGGAUUUAAGCAACCCCAGCAGGCUUCUGUUCCUCAAGAUGGUGCUUCUCUAGAAAAUGAUAAUCGUAGUCAAGCUGCCGGGUCAGCUCAACAGCAACAAGAAAUAGGUGCAAAAACAGCCUUUUCUUUUGACUCGACAGCUCUCGAAAGAGCAGCCCAGGCAGCAAAGUCGUUGGAAAAAUCUUCAAAUGCAAAACAGGCUUUGGAACUUAGUCGAUUGCAAGAGCAAAUUGAAUUGCGUAUGGCUUCAAUACAAUCUGAAAACAUUCGAGUAGCUGAAGAAGAGAGACGAAAAACACUUAUUGAAGAGACAAAACAUUCUAGAGCGCGUGCUGAUUAUCAAGAUCAAUUGGCUCGUAAACGACAGGAAGAAGAUGCAGCUAUUAAAGCUAGAUUGCAAGAAGAGUCACUUAGAAAACAGGAGGAAUCAAUUAAAAAACAGGAGGCGAUGCGUAAAGCAACAAUUGAGCACGAACUUAGCCUCAGACAUAAACUCGAUUUAGAACGCAUUGAAACUGAGGUUAAAGCAAAAACAAAAUCAGCGCGUGAAAAUCGAGACGUUAAUUUGGAGAUGAUGCGUGCAAGUGAAGAGGAAAGACGUAAGACAAUUAUGGAACAAAUUAGAACUGCAGGAGGUGUUCUUGGCGCUGGUUUUCAAGAAUUUAUUGGAGAUAGGACAAAAAUUGCGACAACUGUUGGUGGCCUAACACUUCUUGCUAUUGGUUGGUAUUCUGCCAAAAGGGGAACAGACGUUGUUGCUCGUUAUGUUCAGGCUCGUUUGGGAAAACCUUCCUUAAUUCGCGAAACCUCUCGAAUGACACCUUUUGAAGUAGCAAAGCAUCCUUAUUCGGCUUUAAAACAAAUUUUUAGACGUGGUGAUGAUCCUUUAAAAGGAAUUAUUUUAAGUCCAAAAUUAGAGUCUCAAUUACGUGAUGUAGCAAUUACAACAAGCAACACUAAACGAAAUUAUGGCCUAUUCAGGAAUGUUCUUUUGCAUGGACCACCUGGGACAGGAAAAACUAUGUUUGCAAAAAGUUUAGCACGUCAUUCUGGACUUGAUUAUGCAAUAAUGACGGGUGGUGAUGUUGCACCAAUGGGUAGAGAUGGUGUUUCUGCAAUACAUAAAAUCUUUGAUUGGGCUCAAACUUCAAGAAAAGGCCUUGUUUUAUUUAUUGAUGAAGCUGAUGCAUUUUUACGUAAACGAAGUACAGAACAAAUAAGUGAAGAUAUGAGAGCUACUUUAAAUGCUUUUCUUUUUAGAACUGGAGAACAAUCAAGAAAGUUUAUGUUAGUUGUUGCUAGUAAUCAACCAGAACAAUUUGAUUGGGCAGUUAAUGAUCGUCUUGAUGAACUUGUUGAAUUCGAUUUACCUGGUGAUGUCGAAAGAGAAAGACUUUUACUUCAAUAUUUUAAAGAAUAUAUUGCUGACCCAGCAACAUCUGGGUCACGGCGGCAACGUCUUAAACUUGGAAAUUUUGAAUGGAUUCCAAAAAUGCAAGAAAUUGCUGAAAAAACAAAAGGAAUGUCUGGUAGAGAAUUGUCAAAAUUAGUUUUUGGAUGGCAGGCAUCUGCAUAUGCAUCAGAAGAUGGUAUUUUAACUUCAAAAAUGAUUGACGAAUAUAGUGAUCAAGUAAUUAAACAACAUAAACGAAAAAUGGAAUGGUUGGCAGCUGAACGUGGAUUAGAACAAAAUAAUCAAAUUUUGCCGGAACAACCAACAAUUACGAAGGGAAAGAAGAAAAAAGAGAAUUAA